AUGAGCAUUCAACAACUGGCCCUCAUAGGAGUCAACAACAAUGUAAAAGCCAUUACAGUGAUCUCAACAAAAAAAAUUGAUAAGUGGGUUGGUGUAUACAGAAAAGCAUUAGCAGAGAGGCGUAGCGGUUGGUCAGACGACAACUACAUAGCAAGAGCUCAAGAUUUGUUUGUUGAAGAAACUAAAAAAAACUUUGUUUUGCUUGAAGAAUGGAAAUUGGUUCGUAAUGAACCAAAAUAUAUGGUUGGAUCUGGUGCAUCUCAAAGUAGUGGAAGUAAAAGGAAGAGUAGCGGGGAAGGUGAUAUCUCAUGCUCAUCAGUUCCUUCUUUUGUACGCCCAGAAGGUAGAGACACGACAAAGAAAAAAGCUAAGGGCUCCUCUAGAAGAUCGAAACUUGUUAUUGAGGAGGAAUACUCUAAGAUAGAGUCUGAACGCCAGGAGCUAAAAGAAAUGAAGGAACAACAGAUGAAGAUGAUGCAAGAAGUUGCAACAGCUCAAAAGGAGGCAGCAUGUGCUCAAAAGGAGGCAGCACGUGCUGAAAAAAUGAAAAUGUGGAUGGACCUUAAUCAGAUAAAUCAAAGAACUGCAUUGGACGAGUAUGAGUAUAAACUGCUUAACAUGCUACAGAUCGAAUUGUUUGGCCUUUAA